AGGGAGGGAGGCUCGGGAAAGAUGGGAAGUCUGAGUGGACACCAAAGGGGAAAAAAAAAGUUCAGUGUCUUUUUCCGGAGCCCCCGGGUCCUAAAGCCGGGCGGAGGCGCGCCCCUUGCUUCUUUCGCGGGCACCUCCAUUUCUAGUCCCCUCCAGGUGGGUGGUGAAGCCGCGGAGUGUGAGGCAUCUCCGUCCUCGUCCGUCAACCCCAACUGUGCUCCAAGGGACGGCCUCUCCAGGAAAGAGCAGCUUGGCCCCGCAAAGGCUGGACUGCAAAAAAGGACUCUGUGACUUGGGACGUGACGGACACGGAGAAAGAGCGGGUGGCGGUGGCAGCGGAAGGUGUGCAGGUGACAGCAGGGGCACCCCCAAGGCAGGAGCCGGGGCCGACUGAGAGGACUCGGGACACUCUCGGACCCUGUGGAAAAAGAGGGGAGACGUCGUGACCCAGGCCCCGCCCCGCCGCCCUCGUGCCCGGCGCUAAGACCCAGCGGGCGCGCCGCGGGCCCCGGCCCCUUCCGUCCGCCGGGCGGCCAGCUCAGCUCGGGAGAGCCGGCGGCGCGGCGGGCAUGGCUCGGGCGGCGUGGGGGCUGCUGUGGCUGCUGCUGGGCAGCGUCGGGGCGCAGUACGAGAAGUACAGCUUCCGGGGCUUCCCGCCCGAGGACCUGAUGCCGCUGGCCGCCGCCUACGGGCACGCGCUGGAGCAGUACGAGGGCGAGAGCUGGCGCGAGAGCGCGCGCUACCUGGAGGCGGCGCUGCGGCUGCACCGGCUGCUGCGCGACAGCGAGGCCUUCUGCCACGCCAACUGCAGCGGGCCCGCGCCCGCGCCCGCGCCCGGCCCCGACGGCGGCCGCGCGGACGACUGGGCCCGCGAGCUGCGGCUCUUCGGCCGCGUCCUGGAGCGCGCCGCCUGCCUGCGGCGCUGCAAGCGGACGCUGCCCGCCUUCCAGGUGCCCUACCCGCCGCGGCAGCUGCUGCGCGACUUCCAGAGCCGCCUGCCCUACCAGUACCUGCACUACGCGCUGUUCAAGGCUAACCGGCUGGAGAAGGCGGUGGCGGCGGCCUACACCUUCCUCCAGAGGAACCCGAAGCACGAGCUGACCGCCAAGUAUCUCAGCUAUUACCGGGGGAUGCUCGACGUCGCCGACGAGUCCCUCACGGACCUAGAGGCCCAGCCCUACGAGGCCGUGUUCCUCCGGGCUGUGAAGCUCUACAACAGCGGGGAUUUCCGCAGCAGCACGGAAGACAUGGAGCGGGCCCUGGCAGAGUACCUGGUGGUCUUUGCCCGGUGUCUGGCCGGCUGUGAAGGGGCCCACGAGCAGGUGGACUUCAAGGACUUCUACCCGGCCAUAGCAGAUCUCUUUGCAGAGUCCCUGCAGUGCAAGGUGGACUGUGAGGCCAAUUUGACCCCCAAUGUGGGCGGCUACUUCGUGGACAAGUUCGUGGCCACCAUGUACCACUACCUGCAGUUUGCCUACUACAAGUUGAAUGAUGUGCGCCAGGCUGCCCGCAGCGCCGCCAGCUACAUGCUCUUCGACCCCAAGGACAGCGUCAUGCAGCAGAACCUGGUGUAUUACCGCUUCCACCGGGCUCGCUGGGGCCUGGAAGAGGAGGACUUCCAGCCCCGGGAGGAGGCCAUGCUCUACCACAACCAGACUGCCGAGCUGCGGGAGCUGCUGGAGUUCACCCACAUGUACCUGCAGUCAGAUGACGAGAUGGAACUGGAGGAGACAGAACCACCCCUCGAGCCGGAGGAAACCCCAUCUGACACCGAGUUUGAGGGGGAGGGUGACUACGAGGAGAGCAUCUAUGCUGACUGGUGGCAGGAGCCGGAUGCCAAGGGUGACGAGGCUGAGGCUGAGCCAGAGCCUGAACUGGCAUGAGAAGGGUGCACCCCACACCCCUCGAGCUUGGGAAGCCUGGGCCCGAUGGCCCCACCCUCACCAGCCUGAGCAGCAGCAAGAACUUUUUUUUUUUCCUGAACAUCUUUCUUAAAUUAAUAGCAAGAACUAUUUAUUAAAAACUUAAGAUGGGGCCGGGCACGGUGGCUCACACCUGUA